AUGAUCAGCUUGAAGAAUUCUGAUAUUGAUCAUAUGGAACAAUGUCUUCAAAGAAAGUUCAAGGUAACUGGAGAUUUAGUUACCAAACAUCGUAUGUUUAGGGAGCCGAAGCGCAUGAAUCUGGCACUUCUUCUCCAUUGACGGUCGGUGGACGAGCUUCCGGUGAGACUCCGUUUAGGGUUCCUCGGCGGCAAGAAGGAUUUGCCCCAGCUCGAGAACGUCCUCAGGCUGUACAGGAUAACAACCAGACCCCCACCAGCACUAACCAUGGAAAUCAAGCCUCCCCGGCUCAAUCGGCCUCCAAUUCAUAA